GACGUCUUUGGGACGCGCUGUGAAGCCCGGCCGGAAGUGCUGGGACGGCCGCUGUGGAUAAAUCGCCGGGUUGUGAGCGCCGUGAUGCUGCAUUUAUGGCGCCGCGCGAGUGUUGAGGGAGGUCUUGCUGCCUUGCUCCGUGGGGCUGACCGCAGAGAGGGUCAUCCUUUCCGUCUUCUUGGCUUUUUGCUGGCUCCCGCAGCUGCUUGGGUCCUCGAAGAGAGCCAGGCAAUAUUUAACUGCCACCUGUGUUGUGAACACUGUUUUCAUAAUGGAGUUUCCUGAUUUGGGGAAGCAUUGUUCAGAAAAAACUUGCAAGCAACUAGAUUUUCUUCCACUAAAAUGUGAUGCAUGUGAACAAGAUUUCUGUAAAGAUCAUUUUACCUAUGCUGGCCAUAAGUGUCCCUUUGCAUUCAAAAAGGAUGUCCAGGUCCCCGUGUGUCCGCUCUGUAACAUACCCAUCCCCAUAAAAAAGGGAGCAAUACCAGAUGUGGUGGUUGGUGAGCACAUGGACAGAGACUGUACAAUUCAUCCUGGGAAGAAGAAGGGGAAGGUCUUCACAUUCCGGUGCUCAAAGGAGGGAUGCAGGAAGAAGGAGAUGCUGCAGCUGGCUUGUGUACAGUGUCAUGGCAACUUUUGCAUUCAGCACAGACACCCUCUGGACCAUGGUUGCAGGGCUGAGAGCUGCCCUGCCAGCAGAGCAGGGGGUCAGGCCACAAGAACUUCUGAGUCUAAGCCAUCAGGAGCUCUAAAUGCCCUGUCUUCCAGUUGGCUGGCCCAGCGACUCAGGUGGAAAGUGAAGCGAUGAGGGGACUUUGUGCAUAAGGUGUAUCAGGUUGUCUCUGCACUGUUCCAGCUUUGCACGUGAUGGAUGCUCUAGUGCUUCUCCUGGGGAACAGUUUUUCAUUAAAACUUCAUUGAUACAUACAAAUUUGAGGGGAAUAUUAAGUGAUACUCCUACAUUAUGUCUCCAUAAUGAUGAAAUCAAGUAGCUUCAAGAGCAGAGGAUCCAAGUGAGCCAGAUCAGCAGCAGCUCUGCCCUGGACUUGGUCAGUUCAGGACCCAGUCUUCUGAAGAUUCUGUCCCUUAAACACCAGACAGCUGGCCAGAGCUCUGGGAUCUUCUCCAUGCAGCAUCUGUAGUGAGUGAUCCGUUUGAGUCCAAGGAAGGAAGGAACCUCCUUGCCUUAUUUGGGUCCUUGUCUAGGUCGGCCCUCUGGCCACUUAAGGUCCUGGAGAGAAGGUGAGUCAAUCCUGUGUCCCAUUUCUGAUUCCAUGGUGCUGGGACACUCUUGAGAGAGGUGUGUAUUAGGACUGCUGCAUGCUGCUUCUGCCACAGCAGCUUCUAGAACUGGCCCUGAGACAGCUCACUUGUGUCUGGCUUUGGUUUCAACUCCAAGAACAAAGUUACAAGGUGGUAGCAGAUCAAGAUGAAGCUCUGUCUGGUGUUGAAAUGAUGGAAACUUCCAGAAGUGACUUAAAACUAUGAAGAAGGGAGAGGGCAUGGGGCUGGUUUGAUGGUUUGGAAGAGCAGAAAACCCAAGGAGUGGGGAGGGAGAGGGGCAAGGGGCAAGCUGGGGUAGGUAGCCCACAAUCUCGAGGUUUGAAUGGUGAACCUGUUCCUCAUCAGGAAGGCCCACAUUCUAGGAGACGUGGUGACACAGACACCAGCAUUAGGUUUAGUAUGAGUCGAGUCCUCUUGUUUCUCAGGCCCUUGGCAGUCAAGGCUGAGGUGAAACAGGGUGGUACCAGUUGGUCCUGAUCCUAAACCUACAGACCAGCCACACCAUCCGGACUUCCCAUUGAGACAGUUUACUGCACCUGGCCUAAAAGUCCUAGCAAAUUACCUUUUCUUCUGGUUUCAUAGCCUCUAAUUAUAAUGGGGGAAAGGGCUCAGUUACAUUCCACACAAAGGGUUGAAACUGUUUCCAUGCUGCCUUGUUUAGUGGUACUUGAUCUAGGCUGGUCACUCUCAGGCACUAACACACAUCAAUCAGAGCAACACUGGGCUCUUCCCAGAGUGCUGGGCCCACCCCUGCAUGUCGGAUGUAGGUCUAAGUGGACUCAGAUUUGCAUUUGGGUCCAGUCCCAGGUUGUCCUGCAGGUCUGGGGCCUCACUUGGGCAGACCACUAUUCUGCACAUCUCUCCAGCACAGCUACUGUUAGCCAUUCAAGCAGUGGGUACUUGAAGCACAGGCAGGACAACUAAAUCUUUAAUUUUACUUGUUUAAAAACUGCUCAGUUCAGUUGUUAGAAUACUUCUGUGUGUUAGGAACUGGAGUCUGAAUCUACCCUGGAUAUAUGAAUUUGUCGCAGUUUUUAUGUUUUUGGUGCUAGGGAUGGAACCCAGCCUUGCAUAUACUAAGCAUGUGGUCUAUCAUUGAGCUCUAUCUCCAGCCCUAUAACUAAAUUUUAAAAAAUCUAAAUA